AUGGCUGUCUCUUUGCCACCCACCCUGGCACUCAGUACUCCCCCUGAUGAAAUCCAGCACCCAUACCUUAAAUUUUCAGAGUGGAAAUUUAAGCUCUUCAGGGUGAGAUCUUUGGAAAAAGCACCCGAAGAACCUCCAGUGGAAAAAGCUUCCUCUGAGGAGAGACUUUCUCCUCAGAAGUCUCUGACCGUCCCAGACAAGGCUGAAGGUCUGAAGCCAGCCCCGACUCAACCAGCUUUAAAACCCCACCCCAAGUUUCUGAAGAAAUCCCACAGUGAUGGGAAAGCAAGAGACAAAGCAAUCCACAAAGCCAACCUCCGACAACUCUGCCGCAUCUGUGGGAAUUCUUUCAAAACCAUUGGCCACAAGAGGAGAUACCCAGUCCAUGGGCCUGUGGAUGGGAAAACCCAAGGCCUCUUGCGGAAGAAAGAAAAGAGAGUCACUUCCUGGCCAGACCUCAUUGCGAAGGUUUUCCGAAUUGAUGUGAAAGCGGACGUCGAUUCUGUGCACCCCACGGAAUUCUGCCACCACUGUUGGAGCCUCAUGCACCGGAAGUUUCGGAGUGGUUCCUGGGAGGUGCGCCUCCCCAGGAGUGCCACCAGGGAGUGGCUCCCACACACAACGUCCUGUGACAUCUGCUUUGCUGCCCACCGGGGACUCAAGAGGAAGAGUCAGCAGCCCAGUGCUCAGCUUAGCAAAAAGCUCAAAACUGUGAUUGACAGGGCAAGACAAGCCCGUCAGCGCAGGAGUAGAGCUCUGGCAGGGCUCCGCAGGAAGGAAGCUCUGAAGAAGAUCUCGGACUGCAGCAAGGUGCAUCUCAGUACCAAGCUCCUUGCUCUGGAUUUCCCUGCACACUUUGUGAAAUCCAUCUCCUGCCAGAUCUGCGAACAUAUUCUGGCUGAUCCAGUGGAGACCAGCUGUAAACAUGUCUUUUGCAGGACCUGCAUUCUCAGAUGUCUCAAAGUCCUGGGCAGUUAUUGCCCUUCUUGCAACUAUCCCUGCUUUCCCAUGGACCUGGAGAGUCCAGCGAAGUCUUUUCUGAGUAUCCUGAAUUCCCUGCUGGUGAGGUGUCCCGCCAAAGACUGCAAGGAAGAGGUCAGCUUGCAAAAAUAUAAUCAUCACAUCUCCAGCCACAAGGACUCUAAAGAGACUCUGGUGCAUAUUAAUAAAGGAGGCCGGCCCCGCCAGCAUCUCCUCUCCCUCACCCGGAGGGCUCAGAAACACCGGCUCAGGGAGCUCAAGAUGCAAGUCAAGGCUUUCGCCGACAAAGAGGAAGGGGGUGACGUGAAGUCCGUGUGCCUGACCCUGUUCCUGCUGGCUCUGCGGGCCAGGAAUGAGCACAGACAAGCAGACGAGCUGGAGGCCCUGAUGCAGGGCCGCGGGUCUGGUCUGCAGCCAGCCGUCUGCUUGGCCAUCCGCGUCAACACCUUCCUCAGCUGCAGUCAGUACCACAAGAUGUACCGGACGGUGAAAGCCAUCACGGGGAGGCAGAUUUUCCAGCCCCUGCACGCCCUGCGGAGCGCCGAGAAGGUCCUGCUGCCGGGGUACCACGCCUUUGAGUGGCAGCCCCCGCUGAAGAACGUCUCCUCCAGCACGGACGUGGGCAUCAUCGACGGCCUCUCGGGCCUGUCCGCGUCCGUGGACGAGUACCCGGUGGACACCAUCGCCAAGCGCUUCCGCUACGACGCGGCCCUGGUGUCGGCCUUGAUGGACAUGGAAGAGGACAUCCUGGACGGCAUGAGGGCCCAGGAUGUGGAGGACUACCUGGACGGCCCCUUCACCGUGGUGGUGAAAGAGUCGUGCGACGGCAUGGGCGACGUGAGUGAGAAGCACGGCAGCGGGCCGGCCGUGCCCGAGAAGGCCGUCCGCUUCUCCUUCACCAUCAUGCGGAUCACGGUGCCGCGCGGGGGCGGCGAGGUGACGGUGUUCGAGGAGUCCAAGCCCAACUCGGAGCUGUGCUGCAAGCCCCUGUGCCUCAUGCUGGCCGACGAGUCGGACCACGAGACGCUCACGGCCAUCCUGAGCCCUCUCAUCGCCGAGCGCGAGGCCAUGAAGGGCAGCCAGCUGCGGCUGGAGCUGGGCGGGCUGCCGCGCACCUUCCACUUCCGCUUCCGGGGCACGGGCUACGACGAGAAGCUGGUGCGCGAGGUGGAGGGCCUGGAGGCGUCGGGCUCCGUGUACAUCUGCACCCUGUGCGACGCCACGCGCCUGGAGGCCUCGCAGAACCUGGUCUUCCACUCCAUCACGCGCAGCCACGGCGAGAACCUGCAGCGCUACGAGGUGUGGCGGUCCAACCCCUACCACGAGUCGGUGGAGGAGCUGCGCGACCGCGUCAAGGGCGUCUCGGCCAAGCCCUUCAUCGAGACGGUGCCGUCCAUCGACGCGCUGCACUGCGACAUCGGCAACGCGGCCGAGUUCUACAAGCUCUUCCAGCUGGAGAUCGGGGAGGCCUACAAGCAGCCGCAGGCCUCCAAAGAGGAGCGGAAGCGGUGGCAGGCCACGCUGGACAAGCACCUCCGCAAGAAGAUGAACCUCAAGCCCAUCAUGCGCAUGAACGGCAACUUCGCCCGGAAGCUCAUGACGCAGGAGACGGUGGAGGCCGUCUGCGAAUUAAUCCCCAGCCCCGAGAGGCACGAGGCCCUGCGGGAGCUCAUGGACCUUUACCUGAAGAUGAAACCCGUGUGGCGUUCCUCCUGCCCGGCUCAAGAGUGCCCCGAGGCCCUCUGCCAGUACAGCUUCAACUCGCAGCGUUUCGCCGAGCUCCUCUCCACCAAGUUCAAGUAUCGGUACGAGGGCAAGAUCACCAAUUAUUUUCACAAGACGCUGGCCCACGUGCCGGAAAUCAUCGAGAGGGACGGCUCCAUCGGGGCCUGGGCCAGCGAGGGCAACGAGUCCGGCAACAAACUCUUCAGGCGCUUCCGCAAAAUGAACGCCAGGCAGUCCAAGUGCUACGAGAUGGAGGAUGUGUUGAAGCAUCACUGGCUGUACACCUCCAAGUACCUGCAGAAGUUUAUGAAUGCGCAUAAGGCGUUAAAAAAAACUGGGUUUCUCAUGAACUCGCAGGAGGGCGACAGGGAUCCGUUAGGCAUAGAGGACUCUCUGGACAUGCAGGAUUCGAUGGAGUUUUGA